GUGUACACUAUAUCACAGUAUAACAAUAACAACACAGAAACAUGCAUAUCUAUAUAUCUCUCUCCUGCUGAUUAGGUGUUUAUUUGCAUCUGGGCCAGUGUAGGAACCUGAGGCUGGAGGAGAGGGAGUGUGUGUCUGUGUAUGUGUGUGUGUGAGUGUGUGUGUGUGUGUGUGAGUGUGUAUCUGUGUGUGGGGUGUGUGCAGGGAAGUCCCCCAAAAAUACACCAUGUUCUUCCUUUAUUCUCCACUCAGAGUUUGAACCUCAGAAAUACCCUAAAUGUGUGUGUGUGUGGGUGUGGUGCAUGUGGGUAUGCCUCCCAGACACACACAUCUCACCACAGACCUGUGUGACAGCUUGAGGCGUUUACUUCAGCUCCGAUAGUGCAAGAGAGUGUGAGAGCAGUCUGAUAGCCGUGCAGGAGUGUGUGUGCUGGAGUGUGUGAGAGCAGCCUGAUAGCCCUACAGGAGUGUGUGUGGAGGAGUGUGUGUGGAGAGAGCAGUCUGAUAGCCCUACAGGAGAGUGUGUGCAGCAUGCUGAAGUCCAGGAAGGUCAGUCUGUGGCCUCGGCGGUCAGGAAAGGAGGGGAGGGAGCCUCUCGUCAGGGAGAAGAGUCUGGUCAUGAAAGGCAGUCCAUCACUGAGGGAGUCCAGUGCACAGAGGCCCCUCCCCUCGGACAAACAGGCCACCUCAGGACCUGAUGACCUCAGUGAUGAGGAAUGGAACCGCAGGGUUCUGGCGGUCCUCGGGGAGUUCCUCAGUUCCCCGGGCGUGGACUCUCUGUCUGUGCGGGACCUGCUGUGGGAGUGGAGGAGAGGACAGGUGGAACAGCGCUGGGGUUCUGCUCUCUGGCUUGGUCAGUUCCAGCAGCGGGUGCAGCAGUCUGUGGAGCUGCACUUCCCCUCUCUGCCAGCAGAGGUCAGUGCUACGCAGCAGCCCCCCCAGCCCAGCGCGUACCUGAGGCAGGUGCAGGAAGUGGUGCAGGGGGAGCUGCUGCGAUUGGCUCCUGUGCUCAAGGAGGCGGGGCUGCUUGGCACUGUGAUUGACAGGUACCACACCCACACAGUCGGCCAGCUGGAACUGCUGCUGCAGAAGAACCUGAACGCAGACCAGACGUUCACAGUGCUGGAGUGGACACUACACAGCUACCUGAGUGACAGCAUGCUGAGGCAUCCAGAGUUAGCUGCUGAUGUCCAGGUUGCUGCUGACCUGCUGCUGCUCACCAACUGGAUCCAGAAGGCCAAGACCAAACUCCUCAGCGUGGCACAGGGUUAUGUAGCAGGCUGCCUUCAGCGCAUCCUGGAGAUGGAGGAAGAGGAGGCGGAGUCACGGGACUACAGUGAUGAAGAGGCCUUUAUCAGACUGCCUCUGGACAUCACCCAGUGCCUGAGGUCCGUGGCUCGGAGAGCAAAAUCUGUCAGUCGGUCACUUCUGGGGGAUAUCCAGAGGAUCAGUCUCUCAGAGCUUCAUACCUUCCUACUCAGGUUUACAGCCCUGGAGAGAAAGCGGACAGGUAAUGGAGAGGGAGGGGUUUCACACCUGUUCAGGACGAUCAACACCUGCAGGGAGCUCAGGCUGCUAGCGGUGCAGUUAGCAUCUGAGGCUCAGACUGAUGCUGCUUCUCCUGCUGCUGUGAAUCUCUUAGAGGAGCUGGAGGCACAAGCGACAAAACAACUGCUGCACACAGUCACACACAACACAGAGGUGUGUCUGCGGAGCUACUUCCGAGGGAACACACACCUGCAGCAACUGCUGAGUGAGCUGAAGAGCCAGCUCAAGAAUCUGCCCACGGAGUGUGACACACACAAGGUUGUCAUGGAUGCAGUCUACAGUCAGAUUGCGUCACUGUACCUGCAGCAGCUGUUGCUUGGCAACCGCACUCACCUGGAGAAGAGGCAUGGCGAAGUGGGUGUGGUCAUUAGAGAGGAUGCAGAAGAAAUGCAGGAGGUCUUCUCUCAGCAGAAUGUGAAUGUGGAGAAGAAGAAUGAGCUCCUGCUGAAGGUUGCUGACAUUGUGAGCUGUGAGGAUGUCGACGCUCUGAAGAUCUCCUGCCUGCAACUCAGCACAGACUACCCUGACGUCAGCAUGAAGCAGCUGAAGAAACUGCUCCGUUGGAGAGGGGGGUUGUCACGACAACAGGUGAAGGCUGUCAUGGAGAUUAGAAUGAUGGAGUCACCAAGGCAACAACCCUGGACCUGCUGCUGUUGGUGUCGCUGAGUCGGGCUUUGUGGAUGCCAUGGUAACCAAUAUAAACACCAAGAGGAGCCACCAGAGUUACACACACACACACACAAACACACACACACACACGCAAUACCACACACAGUGAAGUCCCAACUGUCUGUUUACAUGUCGAUUGCUACAUUCCCUAGAACAAUUAUUUAUAUUUUGAAAUAAAAGAAAAACUGAAAAUGG